CAUUGCUUUUGAAUCAAAUUGCAUUUGUUGCUACUGUUGAUUCUUCACAGAUGGAAAUUAAAUGGGCAGUGUUGCACUCAUUCCUCUCAUUAUACAUUCAUCAUUAGCACAGACAUAGACAACCAAGCCCAGAAAUAAUGGUGUAUGGUGAGGAGACGGAAGGAAAAAGACCCAAAAGGAGAAGCAGAAGUGCAUGCAUAGCAGCUUGCAGUGAAAAGCAACGAUAAAGUUAGAUAUGCUUCCUGUUCCUGUACUAGUAAGCAGCAACUCUGAAUGUGCCUCCGUUCUGUUGGUCUUACCAUACUUACCGAUACAGACAGACCAUGGAGUAGACCAUGAAAGCUUAACGGGGACAAGAAAUAUAUGAAGUAGAUGGACAACAGCAGGGAAGGAGAAUUCGACGCUCAGACACCUUACAGAAACAUUAAGACACUCACUUCUCUUUUCUCGGCAUCAUAAAGAGAACUCCUUCCAAUUAACUGAUUGCUAAUUUUAUGACUUUUUUAUUAUUUAAACCUGCCUGCUGUACCCCAUCAAUAAUGAGGUGGUUCCACCGUGACCUGAGUGGCAUAGAUGCUGAGGCAUUACUCAAAGCACGAGGAAUUCAUGGCAGUUUUUUGGCUCGCCCUAGCCGGAAGAACAAAGGGGAUUUUUCCCUUUCUGUCAGAGUUGGUGAUCAGAUAACCCACAUACGUAUUCAGAAUACAGGAGAUUUUUAUGACCUCUAUGGAGGAGAGAAGUUUGCCACUUUGUCAGAGCUGGUGGAAUACUACACCCAGCAACAGGGAUCCCUGCAAGAUAAAGAUGGAACCAUUAUAGACCUGAGAUAUCCACUGAACUGCUCCGAUCCCACUACAGAAAGGUGGUACCAUGGACAUCUUUCUGGACCAGCAGCUGAGACCUUACUUCAAACCAAAGCGGCACCAUGGACCUUCUUGGUACGAGAGAGCCUUAGUAAGCCUGGUGAUUUCGUGUUAUCUGUCCUGACAGACCAGCCCAAAUCUGGAACUAAUUCUACUGCAGCUGGAGCCACCAGCACCCCCAAAGAACAGCUCAAAGUUACUCAUGUCAAGAUCAUGUGUGAGAAAGGAAAGUACACAAUUGGUGGCGCAGAAAAGUUUGGCAGUUUGGCUGACCUUGUAGAACAUUUUAAGAAGACCGGCAUUGAAGAGGCAUCUGGAUCUUUUGUGUAUUUGAGACAGCCUUUUAACGCCACCCGAGUGAAUGCAGCUGAUAUUGAGGACAGGGUGCAGAUGCUCAACAAGAGAAGCCAAAUGGAAGAGGCAGCCAAAGGUGGCUUCUGGGAGGAGUUUGAUAGCCUCCAGAAACAAGAGACCAAGAAUUUGUAUGAUCGGCAUGAGGGCCAAAGGCCAGAAAAUAAGUGCAAGAACCGCUAUAAGAACAUCUUGCCAUUUGAUCACUCCCGUGUCAUCCUCCAAGACAGAGAUGUAAAUGUUACUGGAUCGGAUUAUAUCAAUGCCAACUACAUCAAGAACACGCUGUUUAGCCCUGAGGAGCGCGGCAAAGCCUAUAUUGCUAGCCAAGGUUGCUUGGAGGCCACUAUCAACGAUUUCUGGCAGAUGGUAUGGCAAGAAAAUUCACGUAUCAUUGUGAUGACCACUCGGGAGGUGGAGAAAGGAAGGAACAAAUGUGUCCCUUACUGGCCAGAGGUAGGAAGCAGCAAAGAGUAUGGACCAUACAUAGUGGAACAUAUUGUAGAACACAAUGCUCUGGAGCAUAAACUCAGACAGCUUCGGAUUUCACCCAUCAAUGAUGGAGAGGCUGUGAGAGACAUUUGGCAUUACCAAUACCUGAGCUGGCCUGACCAUGGAGUGCCCAGUGAGCCUGGAGGAGUUCUUGGCUUCCUUGACCAAGUCAAUCAGAAGCAAGAGAGUGUCCCUGGGGCUGGACCCAUUAUAGUGCACUGCAGUGCUGGAAUUGGUCGCACCGGCACCAUCAUUGUCAUUGAUAUGAUUGUGGAUAUGAUCUCUACAAAAGGGCUGGACUGUGAUAUAGAUAUCCCCAAAGCUAUUCAGAUGGUUCGGUCCCAGCGCUCAGGAAUGGUGCAGACGGAAGCACAGUAUAAAUUCAUCUACAUGGCCAUCUGCCAGUUUAUAGAGACCACCAAGAAGAAGCUGGAUGUUAUGCAGUCUCAGAAAGGAAGACCAAAUGAGUCUGAAUAUGGGAAUAUCACCUACCCACCAGCACAGAAGACCUCGCAUACAAAGGCUUCACGAAAAUCCUCCAGGCAAAAGGAGGAACCAACCCUCUAUGAGAAUUUAGAGAAUGCGAAAGCCAAGAAAGAGGAGAUGGGGCAAAAGCAGAGGCCUUUGGGGAAAGAGAAGAAACCCAAGGGCUCCUUGAAGAAAAAAUAACGCCACACAAGUUCUAGUGCCUUCAUUUGCCGUAGACAUUGUCUUGUUUCUGGCUAGGAAAUUCUCCUAGAGGUUUACUGAACUGGGAGGGCCAGCCCAAGACAUUUUGGUGUCUAGGGUGGAAAACCCACCUGGCACUUUCUCCUACUAAUGAAUGUGUUUUGCCUUCUGUUUUGAUUCACCCAUAGAGGUUUUAGGUGUCUGUGGGCAUGGCCUUCUUUAUCUGUGGGCUGAGAGCCCUGAAACACUUGUGCCAAGUAUUUGCAUAAAUUGGGAUACAGUACUGAAAAAGGACAGCCCCAUGUACCAAUGCAUCUGAUUGUUUUCCAGCCCUGAUGUUAAAAGGGAGCUGUGAGAGCUAGAAGUAUGUUAGUUGUUCUUUCAGGAUACUACUAAUGCUCUUUCCUCUGCCAUGGUCUCCCACUUCUAUUUGGCUUGGCUUCUAGGUCACCCAAGGUAGUAGGCCCAAAAACCUGCACAUUCUGCUUUUGAUUAAACGUUAAGUCUCCACUUC